ACUUGUGGCCGUACACGCAUCCCUGUUUUAGGAAAACUUGGGACUUUUGAAACUUGUUCCCUGAGGCGAAUCCCUCUUAGAAACUUUUCGGAAACACCAGCGUACUUUGCUUCAAAGGAUGGUGCAAGCAAGGAUGGUUCUGGAGACGGAAACAAGUCUGUCAGUGAGGGGGGUGGUAAAAAGUCCAGCUCCGGAAACUCUGGGAAAGGAGGGAACCAGCUGCGCUGCCCGAAGUGUGGUGACUUGUGCACACACGUGGAGACCUUUGUGUCUUCCACCCGCUUUGUGAAGUGUGAAAAGUGUCACCAUUUUUUCGUUGUACUGUCAGAGGCGGACACGAAAAAGAGCAUCAUUAAAGAGCCCGAGUCAGCAGCAGAAGCUGUGAAAUUGGCAUUCCAGCAGAAGCCGCCGCCUCCACCGAAAAAGAUUUACAACUACCUCGACAAAUACGUUGUUGGUCAGUGUUUUGCCAAGAAGGUGCUUUCAGUUGCUGUGUACAAUCAUUACAAGAGGAUCUACAAUAAUAUCCCAGCUAACCUGAGACAGCAAGCAGAAGCUGAAAAGCAGACUUCUUUAACACCAAGGGAAUUAGAAAUCAGAAGACGGGAGGAUGAGUACAGAUUUACAAAACUUCUGCAGAUUGCUGGAAUCAGUCCACACGGUAAUGCUUUAGGAGCAUCGAUGCAGCAACAAAUGAACCAGCAGAUACCUCAGGAAAAACGGGGAGGAGAAGUACUAGAUUCACCCAAUGAUGACAUAAAACUUGAAAAAAGUAAUAUUUUGCUGCUUGGACCAACUGGAUCAGGUAAAACCUUGCUGGCUCAGACUCUAGCUAAAUGCCUAGAUGUACCCUUUGCCAUCUGUGAUUGUACUACCUUGACCCAAGCUGGCUAUGUUGGUGAAGACAUUGAAUCUGUCAUAGCAAAACUGCUCCAAGAUGCCAACUACAAUGUAGAAAAAGCUCAGCAAGGAAUUGUUUUUCUGGAUGAAGUAGAUAAGAUUGGCAGUGUUCCUGGCAUUCAUCAGUUACGGGAUGUUGGAGGAGAAGGUGUUCAACAAGGCUUGUUAAAGUUACUCGAAGGCACAAUAGUAAACGUUCCAGAGAAGAAUUCUCGUAAACUACGUGGAGAAACGGUGCAGGUUGACACAACAAACAUCCUUUUUGUAGCUUCUGGUGCUUUUAAUGGUUUGGACAGAAUUAUCAGCAGGAGGAAAAAUGAAAAAUAUCUAGGAUUUGGGACCCCAGCUAACAUGGGCAAAGGCAGAAGGGCUGCAGCAGCUGCUGAUCUUGCUAAUAUAAGUGGAGAGUCUGAUCCCCAUGAAGAAAUUGAAGAAAAGGAUCGCUUGCUGCGUCACGUGGAAGCCAGGGACCUCAUUGAGUUUGGCAUGAUUCCCGAGUUUGUGGGACGUUUGCCCGUGGUGGUUCCUCUGCACAGCCUGGAUGAGAAAACCCUUGUACGGAUUCUUACUGAGCCACGAAAUGCUGUGGUUCCUCAGUACCAGGCCCUGUUCAGCAUGGAUAAGUGUGAAUUAAACGUAACUGAAGAUGCACUGAAGGCUAUAGCCAGACUGGCCCUGGACAGAAAAACUGGUGCAAGAGGUCUUCGAUCUAUAAUGGAGAAGCUGUUACUGGAGCCCAUGUUUGAAGUGCCCAAUUCUGACAUUGUAUGUGUGGAAGUUGACAAAGAUGUUGUAGAAGGCAAAAAAGAGCCAGGAUACAUUAGGGCUCCUACUAAAGAUUCAUCUGAGGAAGAAUAUGACUCUGGUGUGGAGGAAGAAGGCUGGCCUCGACAAGCAGAUGCUGCAAACCAUUAAAUACUGUCAGAAUGCUCGCCCGCAUAAAGCGCACUUGGUUAUUUCUGGCUUCAGUCUGAUACUAAAGGCAUUGGAUCUAUCUCGGAUAUGUGAUGAGGAACUUUAUUAGCUCAAUCAGAUCGUGUAUUUUAUUGCAACAUCACAUUGAUUUAUUCGAUGGACAUUGUGUGGACUUGGAUGGCAUAAUGUUCAAAUAUGAAUUGUAUAUUACACUUGUUCAAUUAAAAUGUAUAGCAAAUCCAGCAGCACCUGGAUCCAUCGCUCUUCCUAGAAACUAAACCAGCAACGCCGGUGCUGCCAAUAGUUAGAUUUUACAAUAAUACUCUGCAAACGGGGGAAUCAAGAUGAAUAAUUGGUAGAGGGUGAAUA